UAACCUGAAAUGUAACAACGAGUUAAAACGGACUGUUCGUUAACACAACACAACACUCUGCCGUCGGUCUGAGCUAGCGAAAAUGGUAAACACCAGACAACAUGGGGAAAGGCCUGCAUGAAGGACUUCACUGACAAGUGGAAAGCUACGCAGGCAAACUGUUAACAUCGAUAUAUGCUUAGCUGCUACUGCUAGAUGAUCAUAUUUAGAUGUCUGUUGAUGUUGUCAUGGAGGAGUGUCGUUAACAGUUGUCAGAUACGUUAAGUGUCCUUAUCGUGUAAUGUGUGUUAUCAGCUACGGGGUUAUAUAACUGUUCAAAGAUCAAGUGUUCACCAAGGUGAGACAUGCUCUGUUCGUCUCGACCUCUGACUUUGUGGUGAUGAUGGUGCCUGUCCUCACAUGGCUCGAGUUUGUCACAGAUGUAGUGAUGCAAGUUAACUCGUGCCAUCUGGCUCCCUUGUUUGAGUGAUGUGCCAUUUGCUAACGUUUUAGUAAGCAGUUAAAGCAGCAUUUCACCAUUUAUAAUGGCCAUUUAACAGAGUAAAGUUGUAUCAAUUAAUCUUGAAUUCUUGAAGAAAACUUUGUGGUUUUCUCACGUGACUCCACGAGGAACGGAGGAUCUGAAAACGGAGUCAAUCCUUAACGAAUUGAAGUUAACAGAGGCCAAAACUAUGUCAAAACAUCCGUUUACAAACUCCCAUAUAACUUGUGCAUUACUACCCAAGUCUCGUUUAUCCAGUCGUAUGCUGUUGUACUUUCCAAACACACAUUUGCCAAAAUAUUACGAUUUUAAAACACUUCGGCCGCAGCUACGUACAAAUGGUCCUUUUUAAGGGUGAAAUAUUUCUUUGCUGUAUUAAUGUUUUUCGAAUGUACGGGUCCUAUUUAAAGGAUGGCUGGAGAUGAUGUCAUAUCCUAGACAUGGCAAUGGAUUAACACAUUUCAAUAAGUAUUCAGUAUGUAGUUAUUUAGGUUGUCUGCAUAAAGAACAAAUGAUCAAUCAUGCAUGUAAACUCACUCCGAGUCUUACAGAGGUCAGGAGUCAACUCUGGUCCAUUUACCUCAAUGGAUGCUUUCAUCGAGGCGUUCUCUCACCAGUCUGACUAGAAAGUUUAAAAACAUUACAUGACAUAAACUAAACUUUGAUGUAACAUGUGAGCACCACAUAACUUUACCAGAUUAAUUUACUAAGUCGUCAGUUUAUUAGGUACAACGACUGCAAUACAUCCUACCUUCAGUAUACUAAUGGGUCUUUUAUUUUGUCCACCCCACUUAUAUCAGUGAUGGUAGGAAACAUAACAGCAACACCUCUCUUUGUAUAAUAAAGGUACACUUUCACAGUGACACAGACAACAUCUUCCAAAAAUUACAUUGAAUAAACUUCUCUAAAUCAGUUUGAACAAAAACUGAACAUCAUAACCUUCAUGGUGGUGGGAUUUACUGCAGGACUGUUGUAUUAGACGACAUUAGUUUUAGCCAGGUGUAUCUAAUAAACUGGCAACUGAAUGUAUACCGUUGCUUUUUACUUUAGAAAUGUUUAAAUUUGACUUUGAAAAUGCCCCAAAUUACAGUGAGAAUAACUUCUUCCUGCCAAAACGGUAACAAAAAAGACCUGGAACUCGCUCCUCUUCCGUUCCUAUCUAUGACAAAUACACAGUAGUACACUUUUGUAGUUUAAGCUGAUAUUGUGUAAAGAUUACACCAGGGAGUCAGGUUCAUCCACAGUCUGGACUCUGUUUGCACAAGCUGCGAAAAAAAUAAUCAAUUGUCCUGCAAAUGGAAUGUCAAAAUAAGUUUACCACUUCCUUUGUUGUUGUUGCCAAUUUAUGGCGAGUUAAGCAUAUGGUAUGUAUUCUUGAGCUUUUCAGGAAGCGUGUUUUCCUUCUAUUGUGUACACAAGUUGCCUCCACUAAGCCAUUGACUGUGCAGAAGGAUUUUCAUGGCCCUGAGAAUUCAUUUUAGUUCCACAAGCUAUAUUAUGCUGAAGGAGAUCAUGUGUUGUGUUGAUUUGCGCUGCAGCUCACCAAAGAACACAUGAAAGCGUCACACUGAACAAACAGCCAUGACCAUAUGGUGCUCUGGUGGGAGCGAAAUGCUGACUCGCUGCGUGUUGCUCUUCAGUGGAGGAUACCUCGUUUCACAGCGACUCCCGGCCCCAGUGGGAUGGGCAGCGUUGGCACGGAGAGGCGGAAGCUCCCGGUGAUGCCAGAGGAAGUCUCCGUGUGAGCUUUGUUGGCCCUAUGUUUAGUUAUUUAAAUAAAAAGAGAAACACAGCGAAGGUUGUUUACUGUGCUGUGCUGCGAUGCUGACAUAGGGGCUUGUGGCAGAGCAGCCUGAGCAACCUUGGAGAUGCGACUCUUGUCCUUGUGAUUCAGAGGCAGUGGAAGUGAUUAAUACUCACCCUUUUUUUUUUUUUUUUUUUUUUUUAAGUUAAGAAGGCCUUAUUUGACUCGGACACAGCCACUAAGAAACUAAACUCCUGCUUUUCUUCUUUUCUGAAGGACAUUCGGUAUGCUGGCCUACUGGACUUGAACAGGUUGAGGACACCCAUCAGCAGCUGCAUCAGUCAGCUUGAGCCUACAGUAGGAGAGAGAGAGAGAGAUGGGGAACACGGCGACCAAGUUCCGCAAGGCUCUCAUCAAUGGGGACGAGGUGCUGGCCUGCCAACUGUACGAGAGCAACCCGCAGUUCAAGGAGGCGUUGGAUCCCAACUCUACAUACGGAGAGUCCUACCAGCAUAACACUCCACUGCACUAUGCUUCCCGGCACGCCAUGGCCCGCCUACUCAGGUCCUUCCUCUUCAGCAAGGAUGGGAAUCCUAACAAGCGUAAUGUGCACAAUGAGACAUCGCUGCACCUUCUCUGCAUGGGGCCCCAGAUCCUGACCUCAGAGGGGGCCCUGCAGCCUCGGCUCUCGCGGCCAUACGAAGACAGACAGCGUCGGGCCGAAUCCCUACAGAUCAUCCUGGCCUGGACCGGAGCGAAGCUGGACCAGGGAGAGUAUGAGAGCGCUGACAUCAAUGCCACCGACAACAAGAAAAACACCUGCCUGCACUACGCUGCUGCCUCAGGCACGAAGACGUGUGUUGAGUUUCUGGUGCAGAGAGAAGCAGACCUGUUUGCUGAGAACGAAGACCACGAGACUCCAUGUGACUGUGCAGAGAAGCAGCACCACAAGGAGUUGGCCCUGUGCCUGGAGUCGCAGAUGGUCUUCUCUCUUGCCCCCGAGGCCGAGGGUAUAGACGCGGAGUACGCAGCCCUUGACCGACGAGAGCUGUACGAAGGCCUGCGGCCUCAGGAUCUACGGAGGCUGAAGGACAUGCUGAUAGUGGAGACAGCCGACAUGCUGCAGGCCCCUCUCUUCACUGCAGAGGCACUGCUACGCGCCCAUGAUUGGGACAGAGAGAAGCUCCUAGAGGCCUGGAUGAGCAACGCGGUGGAAUGCUGCCAGCGCUCAGGGGUACAGAUGCCUAACCCGCCUCCAAGUGGUUACAAUGCCUGGGACACCUUGCCAUCGCCCCGGACGCCGCGCAACACCCGCUCCUCCAUCACUUCCCCAGACCAAAUCAGCCUCAUGCCUGCCGACGAGGAGUCCUCUCAGUGUGGCAUCUGCAUGUCUUCCAUUUCCGUCUUCGAGGAACCCGUUGACGUGUCCUGUGGCCAUGAGUUCUGCAGAGCAUGCUGGGAAGGGUUUCUAAAUCUAAAGAUCCAAGAGGGUGAAGCCCACAACAUCUUCUGCCCGGCCUUUGACUGCUACCAGCUAGUGCCUGUGGAAGUCAUCGAGAGUGUGGUGUCCAGAGAGAUGGAUAGGCGCUACCUCCUGUUUGACAUCAAGGCAUUUGUGGAGAACAAUCCAGCAAUCCGCUGGUGUCCCGAGGCUGGCUGUGAAAGGGCGGUGAGACUGAGCACCCAGGGCCCUGGGACCUCCUCCGCAGACCCUCUUAGCUUUCCCCUCCUUCGGGCUCCAGCUGUAGAUUGUGGCAAAGGCCACCUCUUCUGCUGGGAGUGUCAAGGCGAGGCCCAUGAGCCCUGUGACUGUGAGAUCUGGAAGUUGUGGCUCCAGAAAGUCACUGAGAUGAGACCUGAGGAAUUGGCUGGUGUGAGCGAAGCUUACGAGGAUGCCGCCAACUGCUUGUGGUUGCUCUCGAACUCCAAAUCCUGCGCCAAUUGCAAGUCGCCAAUACAGAAAAACGAGGGCUGCAACCACAUGCAGUGUGCAAAGUGCAAGUAUGACUUCUGCUGGAUCUGUCUGGAGGAGUGGAAAAAGCACAGCUCGUCAACAGGAGGCUACUAUCGUUGCACUCGCUACGAAGUCAUCCAGCAGGUGGAGGAGCAGUCAAAGGAGAUGACUGAAGAGGCAGAAAUGAAGCACAAGAGCUUCCAGGAACUCGACCGUUUUAUGCACUACUACACACGCUUCAAGAACCACGAGCACAGCUAUCAGCUGGAGCAGCGCCUGUUAAAAACAGCCAAAGAGAAGAUGGAGCAGCUCAGUCGAGCCCUGAGUGGAAGGGAAGGAGGCCCACCUGACACUACAUUCAUUGAAGAUGCCGUCCUAGAACUACUAAAGACUCGCCGCAUCCUGAAGUGCUCUUAUCCUUACGGGUUCUUUCUGGAGCCCAAAAGCACAAAGAAAGAGAUCUACGAGCUCAUGCAGACGGACUUGGAGAUGGUGACUGAGGACCUGGCACAAAAGGUUAACCGGCCUUAUCUCAGGACGCCGCGCCACAAAAUCAUCCGUGCGGCAUGUCUUGUUCAGCAGAAGAGGCAGGAGUUCCUUGCCUCAGUAGCCAGGGGAGUGGCCCCCAAUGACUCUCCUGAAGCCCCCAGGCGCAGUUUUGCUGGCGGAACGUGGGACUGGGAGUAUUUAGGCUUUGCAUCCCCCGAGGAGUACGCAGAGUUCCAGUACAGACGGAGACAUCGGCAGCGGAGGCGAGGUGACAUGUCCAGUCUCCGCAGCAACACACCCGACCCCGACGACUCCAGCGACAGCAUGUUAGGUACUGCAGCGGACACACAGGGACACUUUCUCAGGGCUGCACUUUAUUCUCAUAUGUCGACCUUCGUUUUGGAUGACACUGGUUUGGCCUGCAUCACUCACACUGUAUCCUGGAUUUUCUUGCAGGGUCUAGGUUCUUUGGAUGAUGAUGACCCGAACAUUCUGCUGGCCAUUCAGCUGUCGCUCCAGGACGCGGCAAUGGCAGAGAUCGAGUCCAACCACGACGUCCUUGCCAACGACGCCUCACUCGGCGCCAUCGGCACCUCGCUGUCUUCUAGGCUCGAACAGAGCGCUCCAGGUGUAGACGUCCUUUCCAGAGCUUCUCUACGCAGCUCAGAACUGCUGGAGCUGGGCGAUAACUUGGCUAGACUUGUUACCAUCAACAUCAGCAGCCAGUACUCUGCUGCCACUGGUGUUUCCGCCUCUGUGCAGCACUGCGACAGUCACCACCGGGCCUACGGGGCUUCAGUGCCGAUACCAGUGGCUCCAGGAGGCAGCGACUCAUCGACGGGCCUCUUCUCAUCUUCCAGCGAGACAUUAGACUCGACCACAUGCGGCAGCCACGACCCGUCCACGUCCUCCGCAUUAGGAGCAAACGCUAAUUUGCUGGGCAACAUCAUGGCGUGGUUCCACGACAUGAAUCCUCAAGGCAUCACCCUGGUCCCCUCAACCUCCUCUGACACAGACUCAAACCUUAGCGCACUCCACGCAGGCGGAGAAGAAUGCCUGCAUGAUGACGAGAACGACGGGGGCGUCCUGCCGGAAAGCAGGAAACCUCAGGAAGGGACGGCAGAAGUGGGUUUCUUCUCUCAGAGACUGAGCGACGUGGAGGAGAAGCAGUGUGCCGUCGCUCAGAGGCCGACACAGUUGGAUCUAGUGGGGCUGGACAGCAUGCCGCUACCCUACAUGGCCACCCUCGACACAAGCAGAGACCCUGCCGAACGGGGAGGCUCAAAGGUCUGCCGCGUCGACACUCCGCAAUGCGACUCGGUGUCCGACCAGCUGGCCAGCACCAGCUCCUCCGAGUGGGAGGACCAAGUGCACCUGGUAUGAACCGACUGAGAUGGGAAGGAGCUUUUUUUCAGAGAGGCCAAAAAAACACUAUAGAUUACAAAUGAAAUGAAUUCAGGUGGAAUGAUUACAGAAUGAAGAAUGUGUCCGUUCGUACUUGGUUGGAAAGUUGGGGAAGAAGUAUUUAGACUCUAGUCCAGCAUUGAACCCCCCCCCACCCCAACAAUCAGCCCUCCUGAAUACAAAGCACUCAUUGAAGGAGACAUUAUAUUUGAUAACAUUUUUCCUGAAAUCCGUCUUUAGACGAGAGAAGAUACGUUGGCGUAGUGCAGGUAUUAUUUUUGUUUCUUCCACUGGAGUAACAGCCUACUGUAUGUGUCUGAAUCAGGUCUGAGGGAGGUUUUUCAACUGUACAUAAGAGCAGACUGAAGCGCUCCAACUCAGCCUGUGGGGGCACAGGUUUGGGGAUAGUUCUUGCUCCUGUCUAAACCUGCCUACUAUAUGUAGGUGCCAAACACCGACUAGCAACAGCACAGUUUUCAGUCACCAAGUGGAUUCUUCAAAGCAAAUCGUGCCUGCUUAUUACAAUCGCAACGACUCAGCUAAACGGAAACGUGAACGUCUCGAGCCAUAUUUGUAUUUUGAGAUUGCAGCUGUGUGAUAUUUGCAAAUCUCUCCAUCUAAAAGCUGCGGCGUGCUGUGUGAGAAUCUGUAGUUUAAGACCAUAAUGGUCAUGUACUUUACUAUGAGAAACAUUCACACGCAAAAAUGUCGAUUCAUCAGCCAAACAAAAGUCGGUGGCCUCCUUAAAAAAAACAUUUCAAAAUUGACCCGACGAUGGUAUUCACCUCAAAGCCUCCAUCCUAACACACUUUCAAUGAGAAAACAAGCACUGACGGGGCCAGAGGCUGCCGAGUGUCAUUCAGUCGGGUUUGUUUUGAAUUCCAUUGUAGCUUGUUUCAGUCCUGCAGCUGAGCGUGACAGACUAAGUCGACAGUGCGUCGUCUGGUUUAUAUACUGCAGGAAAAGGCCAGUGAGAGAUAAUCGGGCAAUCUCAUUCAGACUUUGGUGGAUUAAUUAAUCACGCCCCAAGUCACUGUAAUUAAUCUCUGGGUCCCAUUAAGUGUAAUUCUUACUCGAGCUCCACAUACGUACCGGGCUGCAGGGUAAUGCGUGGAGAAGUCAUGAAUGUGUAUCGCAUCUCAAACACAUUGUGUUUGUGAAACAGAUCUCUACACGACUAGAGACACAGUGCCUUUAUGUCAAUCGCCGUUGUUUCUUUUUCACACAUUUUCUGAGUGCUAAUUACACAGUAAUUACAGUGUAACCACCACCUUUUACCUUAAAGUUACUUCUCUCAUAAGAGUGUGCAGACAUGAGAGCUUGAUUUCUCAUCAAAAUAUUUGUAGCAUGAGGCUUUUUUGUUGGUUCUAGUAGUAUUUUGUUCAUGGAUAACACUGAUAACGGUUAAUGUCAUACUUUUCAAA